ACAUGUGCUUUAGUUGCAGCAGAAAGGAAAUGUGUCAUCUGUGGUUUGGUUUUAAAAGUGGAAAGCUAGCUGUACAUAUCCUUUUUUUUUUUUCACUGCAGAUUUACUUUAAGGUUCAUAUUCUCCAAGUCUAUUCUGCUUUAAAUUACUUGGAAGCUGUGCUUCAAGACAAGAAAAGAAGUGGCUUAUUAAAAUCAGGUUAUAACCAAAUUUUGACCAAGAAUUUGUAAGAUUACCAGUAUACUCAUGGACAUGGAACACGCAGGACAUUACCUGCAUCUUGCCUUUGUGAUGACAACAGCUUUUUCUUUGUGUCCUGGAACAAAAGCAAACUAUACCCAUCUGUGGGCUAACAGUACUACUGUCUGGGAUCCAGAUAUUCAAAAUAAGACGGGCAGAAACCAAAAUGAAAACAUGAACACAAACCCUACAACUUCUGCAGUAGAUAAAAAGAGUAAUUCUACAAACAUGACUGAAAUCGCCACGUCAUCUCCUGUCCUAUCUCUAACUCCUAAAUCGGAACUGGAGAUUUAUAUACCUUCUGUUGUCAGGAACAGCUCUCCAACAGUACCGAGCAUCAAAAACACAAGCAAAAGUCCCCAGGACAUUUUCAAAAAAGGGGUCUGUGAGGAAAACAACAACAAAAUGGCUAUGCUAAUUUGCUUAAUUAUAAUUGCAGUGCUUUUUCUUAUCUGCACCCUCCUAUUUCUUUCGACUGUAGUUCUGGCAAACAAAGUCUCAUCCCUCAGACGAUCAAAACAAGUAGGCAAGCGUCAGCCGAGAACCAACGGCGAUUUUCUGGCAAGCAGUGGUCUAUGGCCUGCUGAAUCAGACACUUGGAAAAGAGCACAACAGCUCACAGGGCCCAACCUAAUGAUGCAGUCUACUGGAACUCUCACAGCUACAAGGGACAGAAAAGAUGAAGGAGGAACUGAAAAACUCACUAACUAACAGAAGCUUUAGUGAAGACAAAUGCAAAGUAGCAAUGAGAAAGCUUAUGAAGUAAAAAUGAAAUCCGUUUGGCAUUUAAUGCCACAAGUUGGUCUAAGAUCUGUUGACAUGGCAGCCUUGCAAUUUAGAAUCGAGCAGGCGAGAAGGGAAGAAGUCCGUUCACCUUCUCAAAUACUUAAACUGUGCACUUUCAUUCUGACACUGAAUAUUUUAAGAAGCAAAUAAUAAAACACCCAAGAACGUGGAGAAGGUUUUAAAGAUGAGUUGAAGGAACUAAUUAAUGGAGGUAGAAAGGAACAAUUAAAUAUUUCCUGUUCAGCAGCAGUAGUUAGAUGAUCUUUGUCUGAAUGUAAUUAAACUUUGAAGAGUUUUAAUGUGUCCUUAGAGGCAAGUAUAUGCUUCAACAUCUAACAGAAGCCAAAUUCCUAAUGCACAGAGUUGAACUGUAGUUUAACGGUGCCUCUGCUGAAUGAGAUGGAAUCUGUCCCAGCUCGUAUAUCAACACAGCUAAUUUUAUGCUAGAUGUUUUCAUCUUUAAGUAUGGCACCCAUAAGAAAGUGUUUUUCUACUACAAAUAUUUAAUUAAAACUUUUAAUUUUGUAUCAUAAGUUAAGACUCAUUAGAAUAAAACUGACUACAUAUAUUAUUUGUAUUCAUUUUAUUAUCUUAGACAACACACUAUAAAGAUCAAUAAGAAACAGUGCCCAACUGAAACAGGGGAGACUGGAGCCACCAAGAAGGCCAAGUGUAAACGUACAGCAUAUCUUACUGUUCAAGUGCCAUGUACCUCUAUUCUAUAAAUACUGCUUACUGGACUAUUUAUAGCAAAUAUCCAAAGGCCGAUUAAUUUUCUGACUUCAAGGAUGCCAAGUGGCCUGACAAAUGAUCAGUUUUAUUUAUUUAUUUUUACUAUCUAAUGUGACAUGAGCAAAGGAAAGGGGUGUCUGUGUGGGGGGGGGGUGUUUGUUCUAAUUUGGAUAACGAGAUGCUCUAGGUAAUUGUUUAACCUUUCAAGAAACUGGGUUCAAGUAAAAUAAUGACUUACACUUAAAUCAAAUGAAGACUUCCACCUUCAGUUGAAUGUAUUACAAAAGUUGGUUUGAGAGACUUUCCAACUAACUGCUAAAAUUGAUCAGGGCAUACUAAAGACCAAGCUAAAUUUAAAAAAUCUCAUCCCUUACUGAGCAUUUAUUUUGGGCAAUACGCUAGCCAUGUAAGAAAACAUUUUGUAUAUUUUUGCCAAGUACGAUCACAAUCUUAUUCUCCCUUUUAGGUUAGUGAUUCUCAUCUUGACUGUGUAUCAGAAUCAUCUGAAGAGCUUUUAAAACUAGCCAAAACCUAAUUCCCACCUUCUCUUUCUGAUUCAGUUGGAACGGGGGUGGCCUCCAGGCACUGGUAAUUUUUGCAUUAAUUCCCUAGGUGAUACUGCUCUUGGCCAAAUUCACUUCUUACAGGUACCAUGGCUCUAAAGAUCUAGGUUACAUCUUAAAAUGAGAGGGGAAAAAACCCCCAAGUAUCCGUUUUAUGAUCAACGUGUUACCAAUGUGUUAAAAAAUUAUAACCAUAUUACUCUAGAUAAAACUAAAUGUCAAAAAGGGAAAAGGGGAAGCAAGAGAACACUCAUGCCAGUCAUGGUGAUAUCAGGUCACCUUUUGAGGGGUAGAAAGGACCAGACUGGCAAAUGAAACUGAGCAGAGCUCCCAUCUUAUACAAACUAAUAAUGUGAGACUGUGUACUAGAACGAAUAGUGGUAACACAAACAGCUCCUUGAAUCAGGGGCCAUAUAUACUUGUCAGAGGAUACUGAAAAAAAUUAGCACCUUCUUAAAAACAAGGAAUUAACUAGGUAACUACUUUUGUACUCAACAUACAGGUCAAACAAUUUCUGACGAAACAGAAAGCUUCUAUUGCAGGAAUACCUAAAAUUUAUCAACUCCCUAAUUAAAUACACACUCUCAGAAUGAUGCUAUCCAAUGACAGCUCGUGAACAAACAAAAGUGGCUCCUUUUCAAACUUGACAGUGU